UAACUAUAUUAAAAAAGUAAUAAAAACCAAGAAUUUUUUCAAAUUAAUAUUUUUGGUAUUCAUUGCAAAUUGCAUUUGGCUAUCCUUGGUUUUUGUUUACACCCUAUAUGCUUGAAGUAGGUAAUAACAUGUUAUGUUAACAUCCAAGUUUACAAGAUUCCAUUAUACGGAUUAUAAGCAUACAACAACGUAAAAUGAGUACCAUAACCGUUGAAUUAUACACAUUAUACAUUCAUAAUAAAAUACAAUUAUAAAUAAAUAUCCCUCUCAGUUUAAUGUACGACCAAAGAUAAAGAUAAACUUUCAAUGUUUUUAAACAGUGUCGAAGAGUGAUUCACAUUAACAAUGGGAGUUAUUGUGUGAAUUUGUUGUUAAAAAUGGCGUUCAAUAAUUUACAGUUUGUUGUUUGUUAUGUUUUAUUAGUGAAUUUUAGUGUUUGUGUUCAGGAUUAUGUAUCGUUUAAUAAAAUUGUGACUGAAAAUAAUCUAACUCCAGAGUUUGCUAAAUAUACAUUAGUUAAACCGAAAAUAUAUCAUGGCAGAGAAAAACGUGAAAUUUCUACGACCAAAGAAGAUGAUGGAAGUCACGUACAUGACUUAAAAAUAACAUUAGAAAUAAAUGGAAAAGAGCAUUUAUUAAAUUUAAAAUUAAAUAGAGAAUUAAUACCAAAAGGCUAUUUUCACAGAUAUCAACAUAAAGGAAAAUCUGUCGUUAAAAAGCCUAAAAUUAAUGACAUAGAAUUAUGUCAAUAUCAAGGCUCGUUAAAUGGCGUAGAACAUUCAUGGGCUGCCAUAUCUACAUGUGAUAAUAAACUAUCUGGUGUAAUAUUUGAUGGUAAUGAAUUACAUUACAUAGAAUCAACUAGAAAAAGUAAUAGUAGUAAGAAUGAUUUGGAAAAUUUUAAUGAUCAUUAUUUAUAUAAACAUUCGGAUUUGAUGGAGAAGAAAAAAUGUGGCUAUGAAGGUUCGAACAUUUCACCGUUGAAUGCGUCCUCAUCAGAAGCAAUAAUUGAUAAUCGUGAAUUUAAUAGGAUACUUAGGUAUAAAAGAUCAGAUCGAUCAGCAAGCCAUAAAAGUAACAUUCGUGGACCAUAUAAUGCUAAUAAACGAUCAAGAUAUGUGGAAUUAGUUAUGGUUGUAGAUCAGUUAGAGUACAAAAAACAAGAGUCCAAUCUACGAACAGUAAAUAAUCGAUGCAAAAAUAUUGCUAAUAUUAUUAAUGCGUUAUAUUCUCCGUUAAAUAUUUUUAUUGCCCUUGUUGGGGUUGUGGUUUGGACGGAAGUUGAUGAAAUAAAAAUAUCUGAAAAUGGUGAUACAACUUUAACAAGCUUUUUGCAUUAUCGUCGUGAACGUUUGAUCAAAGAACAUCCUAACGAUAAUGCACAAUUAUUAACUGGAAUUCAGUUUGGAGGUGGAGUUGUUGGUAAAGCUUUAAAAGGUCCUAUUUGUACGUAUGAAUUUUCUGGUGGAGUUUCUAUGGAUCAUUCAAGUACAGUGGGAUUAGUGGCUACAACUAUAGCUCACGAAAUGGGCCAUAAUUUUGGUAUGGAACAUGAUACAAACGAGUGUAACUGCCCAGAUGAACGAUGUAUUAUGUCACCGUCAAGUUCUUCAUUAUCACCUAAACAUUGGUCAUCGUGUAGCUUAGAAUAUCUAGCGAAUGCAUUCGAACAUGGCAUGGAUUAUUGUUUACGCAACAAACCUGAAAAUUUGUUCGAUAGUCCUGUAUGUGGAAACGGAUUUGUUGAACCUGGUGAACAAUGUGACUGUGGAAUUGUUGAUAAUUGUAAAAACCCAUGUUGUAAUGCUACUACAUGUAUGUUACAUUCAAAUGCUAGUUGUGCUACCGGGGAAUGUUGUGAUUUAUUGACAUGUCGGCCAAAAAUUGCUGGUACGUUAUGUCGAUCGGCCGACCAUGAGUGUGAUCUUCCUGAGUAUUGUACUGGUCAGUCUGAAUAUUGUCCAAAUGAUGUAUAUAAAAUGGAUACUGAAACUUGUGAUGGAGGUAAAGCGUUCUGUUAUCAAGGUUCAUGCCGCACUCGGAGUGAUCAGUGUAAAAUUUUAUGGGGCCCUUCGGGUUCAUCUAGUGAUGAGUGUUAUAAGUUAAAUAAUAAAGGGACACGACAUGGAAAUUGUGGCUAUAAUCGACUGAAUUCGUCGUAUAUUAAGUGCAGGGAUGAUAAUGUAUUUUGUGGAAUGCUUCAUUGCCGUCAUUUAAAUGAGAAAUUGGAAUUUGGUAUGGAAUCUGUUGCAAUUAUAUCACAUACUUUUAUCAAUUCAAAAGGCUCCAUUAUACCAUGUCGUAAUGCGUUAGUGGAUUUGGGAUUAAAUGAAGUUGAUCCUGGUUUAACACCAGAUGGUGCAAAAUGUGGUGAUGGAAAGAUGUGUAUCAAUCAAAAAUGUAUGCCAGUUGAAAAUUUACGAAAAUCGAGUAUCGUAAGUUGUCCUAGUGAUUGUAAUGGUAAUGGCUAUUGUAACAGCAAAGGACAUUGUCAUUGUAAAGAUGAUUUUGCUCCGCCAAAUUGUGAUUAUCCUGGUGUUGGUGGAUCUGUGGAUAGUGGACCAGCUAGUGAUCCAAAUGCAAAUCGAGAUUUUGUGACUGCCAUGUAUAUAAUAUUCCUUGGAAUAAUACCGUUGAUCGCCUUAAUGUCCUUAUUUGUAUAUUACAAUCAUCGUAACCAUAUAAUUGUAUGGCCAAAACGUUCAAGUGGUGGAAAACCAUCCAAAUCAACAUCAGAUUCAACACGUGGACAUCCUAUAUUCCCAACAGCUCCUCAAUUAUCAGAAAUAAGAAACGAUGAUAAUUCAUCACUUUUGCCACAUUCUAGUUCAUCGCAUAUUGCUAACGGCUUUAGUAAUAACUUUUUCGGUCAUUUUAAGGGAUUUAUUAUUACUCCAAUUUCGAAGCCAACAGAUGAGAACACUCCUAGUACUAUUAUGGAACCAAGUCCUGCUAAUCAUAGUGAUUCAACUUUUCUUAAUAAUGACUCGAAAGUAUUACCACAGCGAUCAGCUCCACCUCCACCAGUUGUACCAAAUAUAUCAUUUAAAUUGCCAAAACCUGUGAGUCGCUCAAGAACAAUACAUGGUAAUAAACCAACGCUAAGUGUCAAACCUUUAGGAUCUGCAUCCUCCAAUACAGAUAAUAAUAAUUCCAUCAAUUCUGUGUUAUCUUCAGUUAAUGUUAUUUCAACAGUUCCAGCGUCAAAUGUUGGCGGUUCUAGACCAUUGAUAUCCGAUCCAAUUUUAGAAACAUCGACGUGUACUGCCAAAGAGCUUUUAUCCCCAUUAAAAAAUGCACCUAAACUGCCUAUAAGACCUGCACCAGCAGUACCUACUAUUACCUCAACGAUUGGUAAUCGACCACUUUCAAGUCCAAAUAUUGCUAUGAAUGCUAUUGCAAUACCUCCUGAAAGUGAAAAGAAAAGUAAAGAUACGGGAGGAACGACACUUAACCGUAUUGCAUCCUUUUUAAAAUCAAAAAAUGAUAAAAGUAAAAUGAAUCCUGAAAUAACAAUAGUUCCACAAAAUGUAAACGUUAAACCUAAAAAAAUUUCAGAUAAAAUUCAAUUAAAAAAUAUUGAAAUAUCAAGUCCGAUAUUACAAUCACAAGUUGAAAUCCCUGUAAGCACCCUCCCAAUCGAUCAAGUUGAUGCGCUUGACAAGAAAAUUAUUGUAAUGCGUGCGCAAAGCAUGCGUACAGGUGAAAUAGUGAAGAAACCUAAUAUACCAACGUUUGGGUCAAUGCGCCAACCAUCAAAUCAUGCUAAACGUCCUACAAGUAUUCCAGCAGCAAAUAGACCAACUAGUCCACCACCACCAAGGCCUCCUCCAAUUUCAGAUGGGAAAUUUACAAAAUCUUCGACUGCCAUGAAUCAUCGUAUCCCAGAAAAUAUGUACAGCGAUUGUAUGGUUGCAACCCCGAAUACUGAUAAUAAAACGAUUGGCGACAAUGAUUCACCGAGUAGUACAGACAACAUUUAUGCAGUCAUCGAAGAAAAUAUUAAACCGAUGAAUGAAAACUUUUCCCCUAAAUCUGAUCCCAUUACUACAGCUGAUAAUAAUAUGAAACCUUUUGUAAAUCGAAGUAAUUCAGGUAGUACUGAAAGUAUGGGUUUGUUAGGGGAAAUUGUUUCUGAAAUACAAAAUAGAAAUUUUGAUUCAAUUUAUUCAACAUCCACGUUAAACCGUAAAAGAGAAGCCAUGAAACAGAAAAGUAUUGAACAACAAAAUGAAAAUUUAGCUAAAAAUAAUUUUACUAUUAAUAGCUCUCAAGGUUCUUAUGCAAAUACUACCAAUAACACACCAAUAUAUAAAUCUCCGGAGAGUAUAUAUAGUAAUUUGGAAGGAAAUAUAUCAAGUGCCGUUUCAACGACUUCAAGUGGUUAUUUGCAUCCUUCAGCGGUUAACACUCCUAAAUUAAAUCCAUCUGGUGGCCUUGAUGUUAAAUCAACAUACAAUACUCCAACGGCAACUAGUGUAGAUUCUAAGAAAAGUACAACAGAUGAAUUAGUAAAUCAUAAACCAUUUUCAUCAACUUUUCAACGUAAAUCUGGCCCAUUAGCAUCGGCUUAUUCAAAUAUUAACAAUGAAAAAGCCGAAACAAAACCAAAACCUACAAUUUCAAAUAAAGUUGAUGAUAAGAAACCAGCAAGUAAGCCACCAACUACAUUAAAGAAACAAAUCACACCACCAAAUUUAAAAGGUGUGCAAAAAAACCCAACAAAUUCUACUAGUCGUGGAGUAAUUCCAAAAAAUUUACCAAAAACUGGACAAAAAACUGAUAAUAGUCCUGAUUUAGUUUCUAGUUGUGCAACAAAUAAUUCCUCAACAACAAAUUCCCCCGAUAUUGUUAAUAACAGUGAUACAACACAAAAAACUAAUUUAUCAAAAACUUCGAGUGUAUCGAAACCUUUAAAUUCGAAGCCAGUGAAUAAUAGUGGUGCUACAAAAUUAUUACGAGAUAAAUCCCCAGCAUCUGGGGGUAUUAAUAAUACAACAGUGAAAAAAAUCGGUGCAAUUAAUAAAUCGUUAAGUGGUACUAAUAAACCUUCAACUGUCGCAAAACCAAUAAAAAAUACACUGCCACCAAUAGCAACACGUAAUACACCUAAUAAAUUAUCUAACGUUGCAUCAUUGCAACAAAAAUUCGAAGCAAAUAAAUCUGUAAGCAAUAAUAAUAAAAUACCGGAAAGUAAACGAACCGUUUCGUAAUGCAAAUAUUUACACGAAUUCGUAGAUGGUAAUCUUAAUAACGUAACACCAACGAUUCAAAUGAUAAGUGGGACAUCAUGGAUACAAUUGAAGUAACUAGCCAUUAAUAAAAAAAUGAAAAACUUUUGCAUGCCUGUCACAAAAAAAAUAGAAAGGUUAUAUGUCUCUGGUAUAAUUGGCCUUAUUAAUUAAUACAAACCUGUUAAAAGGGUUGAAUAUUUACUAGAUAGUGGAUGAUAUGAUUGCUGGCACAGGCGUACUCUUUUCAUGAAAUUCUCAAGGGCUGUGUCGCAAAAAUUAUGCGGCUUCGAUCGUUGUGGGUUUACUCACAUAAACUUGUGGCUUUAAAAACCCCAAAGAAAAAAUUCAAAACACGUUAAAUCCCAUGAUCUGGGCAGCCAAUGCCAAUUUCCAAAACGAGAAAAAACACGACCAGGAAAUGGCAUAUUGCACUGUCCUGUUGAAACUAGCGUUCUUAAUGGAACACCCUUUACUAAUACUAUCCUACAAUAUCAAAACUUUUUCCAGGCGUUUACAAAAGAAAAAACUUAUAAUUUUCUUUUACAAGAUGAGUCAUCUGUUUUUGAGUUUUUAAAUUUGAAAGAACACUGUUUACGGGAGAAAAUCGAAAGAUUGAUUAGCAUUUAUAUUUCAAAAAUAGCACAGAUAAAAUGUCAACCAUGGCUCUUUUUACAGAAUUUUAUUUUCAACAAAAGUUUAUUCAUAUUUUUAUCUGAAAAUUGAAUAAUCCAAAUCAAUUGAUACAGCCCUACCACCGUUUUCAUAUUCACAUGACCUACAAGUAUUUCCCCAAAAUACAUGUUCAAACCGUAUACAAAAUUGCACCAGAGAUAUAAAUUCUAAUUUUGAGUAUUUAUUAUUAUGUACUCCUGCCCCAACUAGUGCAAAAUUUUUUCGUUUUUUAAAUGGCUUGAAAAUGAAGUUAUGUUACAUUAUUUUAUUUUUAAAUAUUUACGAAAAGUCAAAUCACAAAAAGACGGUCACAUUUAUGUUGACAACGAAUUUCCUAGGAUCUCAGCCUAAAUAACCGCAGCUAAAGUUUAAAUCAGAAAAUUAUAAUCUAAGAAAAACGGUUAAUAUACGUUAUUGUAGCGUUUUUAAUCAAACGUAAAUAUGAGUUUUAAGAUUUACGUAAAUAUUGCUAAUAAAAGAGGACUCUAAAAUAUAUAAUUUUACAAAAACUGAAUACCAGUGGUGCUAAAAAUAUUAUCGUUAAAAAAAAUGACAAAAAAAGUGUGCAUAUAAAAAAGAAAACUUCUACGACAUAGUUUAUAGUAAUGAUUGAUUAUAUUAAAGCGUUUUAUUAUUUAGUUAGAUACAAAUAAGACAAUCAAAAUGACUAUUAAAAAGAACAUUUAUAUAACUGUGAAUAAUUCUGAUAAUAAUUUAUUUAUCUUUCGUUUUCUACUUUUGUUUUUAUUUUUUAAAGCUAAUUAAUCAUUUUAGUGCUACAAAUUAGCGUAUAUACAUGAACAUUAAAACAAGUAAGAA